AUGCGAAUUGCAAUCAUAACGGAAAACUUCCUUCCCAAAGUAGAUGGGGUUACGCGCACAUUAGCAAGAUUACUAGAGCAUUUAGAAACAACUUCACACCAGGUUUUACUCCUAGGUCCUGAAACGAAUAAAAAGACAUAUGCAGGAGCUCAGUUGAUUGGGACAUUUGGUAUACCGUUUAUUCUUUAUCCCGAGCUUAAAAUCAAUCUAUGGAGACCAAAGUUCACAACCGCAUUAAUCCAAUUUCAACCAGACAUCAUCCAUCUGGUUGACCCCGUAUGCUUGGGCGCCUUGGGCUUAUCCAUCUUGCGUUAUUACCUACCCACUAUACCCAUUGUAUCUUCCUACCACACAAAUCUGGCGGAUUAUUGUCGUCAUUUUGGCUUUGGAUUCCUAUCAAGUACAAUGUGGAAAUGGAACAGAUAUUGCCAUUCAUUUAGUCAUGCUGUUGCCUGCCCCUCUAAAUCCACUAGUAUCACCUUAAAGGAACACGGAUUUAACAAUAUCAAAAUAUGGCCUCGUGGUGUAGAUAUGUCAUUCUUUUCUCCGGGCAAAAGAUCCAGCCAACUACGUUCCUCAUGGUCGUGCGCUCAAAAGACUGUGAUUCUCUAUGUGGGACGCAUCUCGUAUGAAAAGAAUAUUCAUUUACUGAUUGAUGCCUAUAAACAAAUGAAUCACGAUGUAUGCCAUCUGGUGCUUGUAGGUCAUGGCCCCGCAUUUGGAGAGAUUCAAUCUGUUUGUCAAUCAUCAGAUAUACCUGUCACAUUUACAGGCUAUCUACAAGGUAAAGAUCUAUCACAGGUGUAUGCUUCAGCUGAUAUUUUUGCGUUUCCAUCGACAAGUGAGACAUUUGGGCAGGUGGUGUUAGAGGCCAUGGCAUCAGGAUUGCCCGUGAUUGGCUUAGAGGCAGAAGGCGUGAAAGAUUUAGUACAACAUGGCAGAACUGGCCUAUUGUUGAACCCUGAAGGUCUGACAGAAACGCAACAGAUGCUUGCCUAUCGUGAAUUAUUACAAUCGAUCGUAACACAGAGACAGUGGUGUGACAAGUUGAGCGAAGAAUCCAUACGACAGGCCCAGCAAUACACUUGGUUCGAUGCAAUGGCUUGUAUGGUGCAAGUCUAUCAUGAUGCCUUACCCUAUUCAAAGCAGGUGAUCGAAGUCAACAUUGACAGUGGCGUUGAGUCUGACUAUGCUUAA